AUGUCGUUUGUACAAGUGUCGGACACAAAUGACGGCGACAGAGAAAUUGUCGACUUGCCUUUGGAGGAAGAUGGUACUCUCUUGUUGUCUACUUUGCAAGCUCAGUAUCCAGAUGCGUGUGGUCUCAAGUAUGUUGCUCCGGACAAUGGCAGGACACGAGCAUUGCGUCUAGCUAAUGAUAAACUACAUCCACCCAACGAGGAAGGGUGGGGCGACAUUGUUUACUUUUGUUCUUUCAAUAAAGAUAAUGGACAGAAGAGAAAAUUGGACGAAGAAAUUGAAAGUGAUGUGGAGCGAGCACCCAAAGAACAGAAGUCUGAGGCGAAAUCAAAAGCUUGGAAGAAUCGUGAUUUACUUGUACUCGGUUUAGCAUGGCAAACGACUGAUGAGGACUUAGAAAGUUACUUUAGUACAUACGGCGAAAUGCGUUUGGCACAAGUUAAAAAAACUGCUGAUGGCCGAUCAAGGGGAUUUGGGUUUAUACGUUUCAAGGAACGAGAGUCCCAAGUGCGGGCUAUGUUGGAUUCACAUGUCAUUAAUGGAAGACGAUGUGAAUUAAAAUUUCCUAAUAUGAAGGAUCCAAUUGUAAAUGAAGAAAAGAGAAUAUUUAUAGAAAAACUUACUGAAAGUAUUACACAAGAAGACCUCGAAGAAUACUUUAAGCAAUUUGGAGAUAUAGUGGAAGUUUGUAUACCGCGUCCUUUCAAAAAUAUUGGAUAUGUGUCAUUCGCCAAAUCUGACGAUGCUCUCACAACUCUCGAUCAAGUUCACAUUAUUAAAGAUGUUCGACUUGGUGUUUCGAUUGCCUUGCCUAGAGGUAGUGCCCGAAGGUUUUGUGGCAGUGGCGGCAGUAAUAAUUACAAUAGCCGGAUGAGGGAAUGUCGUGAUCAUUAUAGUAGCCGAGUCUGUUAUUAUAAUGGAUUGGAUGAUUAUGACCGCGGUAUCUAUUUUAAUCGCUACAGGGAUAAUCCUUUUGACCGCAUAGUCGAUCCAAAUUUAGUUGCUGCGGUUGUAGAAAGAACAGUCAGAGGAGUAAUUGGAAAUAUAUUAUAA